AUGACCAUGGUCACUCAAUCCACGCUGCCCGCGCCACAGGACGAUUUGAAGACGGUCGUCGAGAGUCGGACUCGGGAGUGGCACUUUCAUAUCUAUUUUCUGCUGCAGUCGCCCACGGAGACUGCGCGGGCGCUUGCGCUUCGUGAUGCUGUGCUGAGGCUUCGCCGCGAUGGCGCGUUCGUCGCUGUCCCGCUGUUCCGAGUGAAUGAGUAUCCUAUCGGACCUCACCCCGCCGGAUCGUACGAAAUCUGGGUUCCCGACUCAUCAUUUUCAGAUGUCUUCUACUAUUUGGCAUCAAAUCGAGGCAACUUAAGUGUCCUUGUUCACCCUUUGACAUCAAAACAACGCCGGGAUCAUGAGUCCAGCAAUGCCUGGAUGGGGAAUCCGUGGCCUAUUUACCUAGAUAGUCUGCCCCGCGACGGUGAAAUCCCGCUCCAGUAUCCCGAACUAGGUCUUGGCUGGUCAACAUCGCCUGAGCAAGAAAUCUCCCUUGAGGAAAGGCGGAAACGAGGAGCAGAGCUUGAAGCACUUCUAGCCAACGAUUCGGAAGCUGCUCCGGCUCCCAAGGACUAG